AUGAAAGAUAAAAAUUAUGAAAAUUAAAAGGACUCUUUAGUAUCCUUUUUUGAAAAAUAUGAUAAUAAACAGAAUCCUUUGGCAGAAAUUGAUUUAAAGAUUUAAAUUGAUUAGGAUUCAUUUGUAUCAAGUUCAUUAAUCUAAAAUUCUUAAAUUACUUCUGAAUAAACUGAUAAUUCAUUUAUUUCUAUAUAAGAUAGAAAAUAAAUCAAAAAUGAAAAGCGAAUAACUUUAUAACCUGAACUAAUUGAAAUUAAGAAAUAUAAUAUAUCUGAAGUAAAUUAUAUAUAUAAAAAGUUUAGAAUCAAAUUAAAUCAAAAUCAUUAGAAAAGACUGAUAGACAAUUUUAAUUAUAUAUAGAGAAUCCUCCUUAAUUAAAUUAAAGUAAAUUAAUAGAUAAGAAAAAAUAAUAAAUUUUAUAAUUCUAACAAAAAUAGAUAAUGAAUCCUAAAUUAUUAUAGAUUAAUAGUUUCACUAUAAGUUCUUCAUAACCAAAGAUUGAUAAAAUUCGUUAAAUUACUUAAAAUCCAAUUAAGAGUGUAAUUAGAUAGGAAACAAUAAAAGAAUAAAAAAAAUCAAGAAGUAUUGAAAAAGCUAAAUAACAGUGUCCUAUUUUAAAAAAAACAAAUGUUUAAAUAACUUAAGAUUAAAAAACAUUUUAAGGAAUGUUUUAGGAAAAAUGCGGGAUUUUUGCGAUGAUAGGUAAACCAAUAUUUGAGUUCAAUUAAUUAAUAAAAUUUUUAUUUCUAAGUGAUUAUAGCAAAGAAUCUGAAAAUGAAACUUACAAUAAAAUACCUAAAAAAUUUAAAUCAGAUUAAGAGUAUUGUAAAAUAUUUGAAUACUUAUUUUUAAAUGAAUCAUUUCAUUAAAUAAAAUAAGAAUUAUAAAGAAUUAAUAAAUAGAAAUUUAGAAGAAUUUAAAUAAAAUAAGAUGAAGCUGAAAUAGAUAAAGAUGGAUUAAUAUUUUAGAUAAGAUAGUAUUAAUAAAAUGAAAAAGAGAAGAAUAAAGAUCGAAAAAAUUUAAAUGAAAAAAAAUAAGAAAAUUAAAGUGAUGAAAGUGAACACAAAGAAGAAAGUGUUUGUGAUUUGACAUCUUUGAAGAAUUAUAUUGUAAUAAUAAGCAAUAAAUAUUCAUUUAAUCCUGCAAAAAUAAAUAAGUAUAUAUAUAUAUUGAUAUAAAAAGAAUAAAAGAAAAAAGAUAGUUAUUUUUUGGUAUGUUGAUAGAACCAUAAGCAAAUCAAUAUGUAAAUCAAAUUAAGAUUUAAACAUUUGUACCUAGAGAUUUAUUAUAUUAGAAUUGGAUUACAGUAUAUUUAUUUCCUUUUGUAAAAAUUACAACUUAAAUAAGGUAAAAAAAUGUAUAUUUUUAAGAGAGUAUUUGAUGAUAAAUAAAAUCACAUAGACUCCAUUAUAUCCUUUAAUAUUGGAUCCAAAAUCAUAAUAACAUUUGAUAGGUGGUGGUAAAGAUAAAAUUUGGAAUGUAAAUUUAUAGAAUAUAAUUUAAAAUGGGAAAGUGAUGAAUCCUUUUUUUUAAUAUAUCAAUUUAAAUUAUAACUUUUCGUAGGCGAAUGCAAUUUAAUAAUUGAUUUUAUAAGAGAGAGGUAUAUGUUUAUUAUAAGGACCUCCUGGAACAGGAAAAACUCAUACAUUAAUAGGUAUAUUAUCUGGAGUAUAUGAAUAUAUGAAAAUAAUGAAUAAAUUUCCAAAAAAAAAGAUUUUAAUUUGUGCUCCAUCAAAUGCUGCAAUAGAUGAGAUAAUAUAUAGAAUAUUAUAAGGAGGAUUAUUUGAUAGUGAGGGAAGAUCAAGAACAGUAAAAUUAGUAAGAUUAGGAGUUUUAGAUGAAGAAAAUGAUAAAAGUGAAAUAAUUAAAUAGGUUUCAUUAGAAGAUGUUGCUUAAUAUUAAUUAUUUAAUAAAAGUUAAUUUAAAGCUAAUUCAGAUUAAAAGACAACUGGUGAAUUAAGAAUUGAAUUGAGUAAAAUAACUUAGGCCAUUAAAAAAAUAAAAGAAAAUGAGAAAUUUGAUGAAGAAUAAAAAAAAUAAUUAAAUGAAUUAUGGAAUAAAAGAAAUUAAUUAAUGAAAUUUUUAGAAUAAGUAAGAACUAAUAAAAGAAAUUAAAAAGAAAAUUAUGUAGUAUUUUGUGAAAAGAUUAUAAGUGAAGCAGAAAUAAUCUGUUCAACUUUAAGUACAGCUGGAACUGAUAAAUUAAGUAAAUUUAUAGAUUCAUUUGAAUUAUUAAUUGUUGAUGAAGCAGCAUAAUGUACUGAACCUUCAAAUAAUAUUCCAUUAAGAUUAGGAAUGAGAAAGAUGAUAUUAAUUGGUGAUCCUAAAUAAUUACCAGCUACUACUUUUUCUUCAGUUUCAUAAAAUACUUAUUACAAUAGAAGUUUAUUUGAAAGAAUUUUAGAUAAUGAUUUUAAACCUUUCUUUUUAGAUAUGCAAUAUAGAAUGCAUCCUUAAAUUAGGGAAUUUCCAUCAUUACAUUUUUAUGAUAAUAAACUUAUUGAUCAUUUUUCUGUUUAUGAAAGAUUCAUACCAGAUAAUUUCUUUAAUUAAAGAGUAUUAUUUAUUGAUGUAGAAAGUGAAGAAACUAAAGAUGAUAAAUCAUAUUAAAAUUAAAUUGAAUGUAAUAUGAUUGUUGAAGUUCUUAAAAAUAUUAAAAAUUCAUAUCCCACUUAAAGUCUUGGAGUUAUUUGUGCAUAUAAAGCAUAAGUUAGAUUAAUUAAAUUUGAAAUUAAAAGAUAAAUUAGAGAUUUUAUUGAUGAUAUUUAAAUUAAUACAGUAGACUCAUUUUAAGGUUAAGAAAGGGAUAUUAUUUUAUUUUCUUGUGUUCGCUCUUCUUCUACUGGAAAUAUUGGAUUUCUUUAAGAUGGUAGAAGAGUUAAUGUAGCAUUAACUAGAGCUAGAAAUGCAUUAUAUAUUUUUGGAAAUGCAAUUACAGUAAUAAUUCAUAUUUACUAUUUUAGUUGGGAUAAUGUACAUUAUGGUAGAAUCUUCUUUUAAAUUUACAUAAUAGAAAACUUUAUAGGUAUAUCAGUAAAAAUGAUUUUUUUUCUUUUAAAAUUUUAGCCGAAGAUAUUUGGUUUGAUAGAUAAAGAAAAUUAAAUUAACCACUUAUAACACUCUUGAAUGAUAAAGGAUUUAAUAUUUAAGAAGAAUUAAAAACUAAUGAAUAAAAUUAGGAUAUUUAAAUCUUUUAAGAUUAAAGGAUCCUAAAUUUAUAAUAGUAUUCUAUUCCUAUACCAACAUAAAUAUAAAUACCUUUUUAUAUUAAUCAUACUUCUUCUAAUAAAUUUUAAAAGUAUCCAAAAUAAGGAAAUCAUUAGAAUUUUAAACCAAAUUUUCAUAAAGUAAAAUAUUAACCAAAAAGCAAAAACAAAUACUAAAAAUUAAUUGACAAAAAUCAAAAUAUUAUUCGUAAUUCCUAUUAAAAAAAUGGAUGA